CGUUUCCAUCUGAUAAAUGGUCUAUACCCUGGAGGAUGCUGAGAUAUCCAGACCAAGGCAGGGGACUCAAGCAUCCCUGUGUUUCCAGUGAACCAAUCGGUAGUAGCGUACCAUUUCACACUGUUUCAGCUGACCCGACCCAACAUCAUCAAGACAUCAAACCUCUUCCACCCUUGAACUUCACUCUCAUCCCAGAAUCGCACAUAUAUAGGACCAGCCCGUUUCAUCCAUCAGUUCUGCUCAUUAUAUCAACCUUCAACAACAAUAAUCAAGUUUGUCAUCUUAACCAUCGACCAUCGCCUCAUCAACCAAACCAUGGCCACCACACCGCCCACCACCUCUUCCGGCAUGAAAGUCACCCUCCGCCUCCCCUACAAAUACUCCCACCCCUCUCGCUCCUCCCCACCCCCACAAACCAUCCCCUUCCCACCCCUCGACUUCCUCCACCGCACCUGGUCCGUAACCCACUCCACCCUCUCCAUGUGGCGCUCCGCCCGCAACGUGCGCAUCACCUACAAACCUUUGUCUCCCACCACCUCAGACGGCCGUCCACGCCUAGACGACCUAGUCGAAUACGAAUCCCUCUCCGGUUCAGGGGGCGUCAAGACCGUCGCGGGAAUCGACACAGGCAACUGGGACUUGGCAAAUAUCAAAGAUGACACUACCAGUUGGGACUGGCGCGGGUCGGGGUGGUUGUUUUUUGUGAGCAGUCAUUGGGAGGUGUUGGGGUGGGGGGAGAGAAAAAAUGAGGAGACGGGGGAGGUACAGGAGAGGUGGGUGGUUACGUGGUUUGCGCCGACGCUGUUUACGAAGGAAGGGGUGGAUGUUUAUAGUGAUCGGAAGGAAGGGGGGAGUAAGGAGCUGGUGGAGGAGAUUUUGGGGAGUUUGAACGAGAUGCUGGAGGAGGGUGGGGAGGGAACGAAGAGUUUGAGGGAGAUGGUGGAGAGGGAUAUGAGGGAGGUGGCGAUUAGUUUGCCUUGGAAGGAGAGGUGAUGGGAUGGGUGGG